AGGGGUGGUAAUAAUCCAAUGACUUCUCCCGCCCUGGCGUGGCGAUGAUUGCUAGACCCUUACUGACUAAAACCACCCUGUCCCUACACCUGCUUUAAACCAGAGUCCUGGUAAACUUCCUAAGUUAUACGCAGCUAGAUAUUUUAAUAAGAUUUAAGCAUAAUCAGCCUAAACCGUAUGCGGAUCAAUUACAUGGGCAUGGUACACUUAGAUAAGCACCUAGAUACUACAGAACAUUUUUGGAAUUCUUAGAGAGUGGGCCCAUCACAAGGCCAGACCAGACCAAUGCAAAUAUUUGCAUAGCAAUAUCAUCCAAUCUAUGUGAAUAGAAUCUGCUUUGUAUGCCUAUGCGGAUUCUCGGAGAUUCCGGCUCACUACCAGGUAUUUAUUACUUUUCGACACGAUCUGUGCAUGUUUUUGCUUCUAUGUUUUUAUUAUAUUUUCCCACGGGUCCAACGGUAGAAUAGUAAUUCAUUCGUUCAUUUAUAAAUAUAGGUACCUACACUUAGUUGUAGACACGAAUUACGGCCUUGUAAGCAAGCAUUGAAGGAGGUCAUUAUAAUGUCCUUCAUGUAAUUUAUGUUCAGAUAUGUAUUUGUAUUCGCAUCACACCAACAAGUUGCAUCAGGUGCAUGCAAUCGAAUCAUGUUAUUUUUCUUAUUUCAAGUGCUGACCAAACCGUCCAAACCAAAGAGAUCUAACGUCUAAAUGCGCUAACAAUUCCAUUGCGGUUGGCAAGUUCAUUCAUCGAAUACUUCUCAUUGUCGUUACAUAAGAAGACAAAGUUCAGGGCCAGCUAGCCUCAUCACAGGUCAUUUUCACUCGGGUAUCAGGCGCUCGAUAAACAAGGCGUGUCUAGAGAGUUGGCUUGGAGGCUGCAUCCGGGCCACCUCAGGGAUCAAGUUACGGCGGGGGCGUGCGAAUGUCAAGGAACCCUAGCGUCGCGCGACUCGCGAGGGCCUGCGCUCGAGCUCUCGUCAGUCGCAGCCGACAUGUGCGUCCGCGCGCCCGCCGCCGCCGCGCUCUGUUCUCUCGCCGCGAUCGCCGCGCUCGUACCAAUCGACAGUGUCAACGGUUUUGAGUGUGCCAGAGACGGUCUCCACACAGACUAUGAUCAAAAUUGCCAAAAAUAUGUGCGCUGCAGCAAUGGUGCGGUGACAGGAAGAUAUUCGUGCCCCGAUGAUCGGGUCUUCAGUGAAGCCGAUGGUGCAUGUGUACCGCGAGCUCGACGACCCUGCGUGCGCCGGGAGUGCACGUCUACAGAUACACUUGCAUAUGCAAGUCCUGGCACAGCUUGCCGCCAGUACUACAGAUGUGAAAACGGAACAGCGGUAGAGCGCAGCUGUCCUACGGGAGCAUGGUUUGACCUGGAACGCCAAGCAUGCACUCGAGGCGCCGGCACUUGCUUCGAGCCGGUGUGUGCGGGGCUGCCUGACGGAGAGUACCCUGACGCGUCCCACGAGUGCCGGCGCACGCUGCGGUGCCGCGGCGGGGAGCUGCGCGCCGUGGCGUCCUGCGGCGCACGCUGCGCCACGGUGUGCCCGCCGCCGCGCGCUGCUGCAGCGCCGCUACCGGCAGGUGACGCAGACUUCUGCUCCGACGAGACUUGUUCCUCACUGUGCCGUGACAUUCCUAAUGGUGCAUACGCAGACCGUACGACCAGCUGCCGCGAGUAUUUCGUUUGUGAAGCGCAUCGUGUGAUCCGCCGCGGAGUGUGUGAGCCCGGCCUCUUGUUCACUAACGGUGCAUGUGAGCCAGCCGCACAGUCGUUGUGUCCCCCGCCCGCACUGAGCCCAUGCUUCAAUAGACACGACGGCUUGCAUAGAGACUGGCACGACUGCGCCUCCUGGUUCGAGUGUCGCCGUGAACGAGUAGUAAAGCGCGGCUCGUGUGCACCAGGUCUCGUGUUCGAUGGCAGUGGUUGCACACCUUCCGAUAAUUUCCUUUGCGAUGGCCCAGCGAUCUCAAUAGAAUGUGAAGGGCUUCCAAGUGGCACAUACCAAGAUUUGGACUCUAAUUGCACACGCUAUUUCCACUGUGAAGGUUUACUCCGAACCAUGCUAGCAUGUCCGCCAGGGCAAGUAUUUGAUGGUGUGAGGUGCUCGCCAGCCUCACAUUACCUGUGUCCAAGUCUAGAACGCGAGUCGUGCUACGGCCGACCGGACGGUCGAUACCGCGCUGCCGACACUGGCUGCAGAGGCUACUACGAGUGCGUGCGCGGAGAGAAAUCUAUCUACGCGUGUCCAACAGGCCGCGUGUUCGACGGUGAGUCUUGCGUGCCAGCAAAACCUGGAUUGUGUCUGCGGGAAGACCACUCGUGUGAAGGUCUCUCAAACGGCUACCACGCAGAGAUCGAGUCAGGAUGUCGAAGGUACUUCUACUGCGAGCGCGGCGACCGGUUGGUCACCCUGUCUUGCCUGGGCGGGAAGACGUUCGACGGUCGUGCGUGCGUGAAGGCGUCGCAGAUGUCGUGCGGCGGCGGGGCGGGCGGGCUGCGUGGCGGGCCCGGCGCGGAGGACGGCGCGCGCUGCGUGCGCGACGGGUUCUUCGUGCAGGCCGGCUCGGGCUGCCGCCGGUACUACUUCUGCGUGGGCGGCGCGCGCACCGCGCUGGCGUGCGGCGCGGGACUACGCUUCAACGGCCAGCUGUGCGUGCCGCACUCGCAGUACUCGUGUCCCGGCUGAGCCCCGCCGCCGCGGCCCGCCGCCGGAGUCGCUGACCAUGUACCUGAUCCUAUUUAUUGAGGCUGUGCCCCGCGCGGGCCCCGGGCCCUGCGACCGGGCCCCGCCGUCACGUGCGCUAUGAUUACACCGGUCCACCACAACUACCUCCUACUUGACAAUAAGACACGAUUACUUCUUACUCUUUAUUGGCAUAGAAACUUUCAAGCGACCUAAAUACUUCUAAUAAUAAUUACACAUUGACUAUAUAUUACAGUAUUACUUUACAAACGAAUAAUAAGCUCCAUGAAUAGAAAAAUAAAAUCUCUUUUAACGACAUAAAAGAAUAGUUAAUUUAUUUAUUUAUAUUAAAUAUUAAUAUUAUAAUAGAUACUUCCUCGACCUUAAAUUAAUACAGAUUAUAAUGGAAUCCUCGCCAAAUACAUAUUGAAUGAUAAUAUUUGUCAUAAUGGAGGAUUCACUAUGUUUUUAAAUUCACUAAGUCCUUCAAUACAAAAAAUACUAUCACCACAUUCAAAAUACUUUUAAAGUAUAAUAAUUUUGAAUAAAUGAAACAUAAACAAACAAACUUAAUGUAAUUAACGUGCAAUAUUCGUAAAUUUGUUGAAUAUAAAUAUCUAAAUAAUUUUGGCAUUAUUCAUAAAUAGGAAAGCAUUUCUAAUAUAAUGUACAUGUACAUAGUAUAAUAUUACGUAUUUAAUAAAUAUUUUAAGUUUAAA